AUGGAGGACUUAAUAGGACUUAAAAGCUUUAAUCAAGGCUAUCAUUACUUAUAUAGCAUUGACUGCAUAUUUUGUAUCGCCCAUCUGCAUGACAGAUUUUUCUGAUUGCUAAUAGAAAUUCUAUAUAUUUUUUACUGUUAUCGUUUACUGUUUAUGAGUUUUAAAUAUCAAGAUAAUUUGGGUUAUAAAUAUGAUAUAAGUAAUGCACAAAAUCUUAUGAAUUUGGAUUAA